AUGGGCUGCUUCUUCUCCAAGAGACGGAAACAGGCCAAAGAGCCGCAGCCCAGCGCUGAGAGCGGCGACCGGAAUGCCGCCGGCGACCCGGGAGCCGAGAAGCCGCCGCAGUACAGCUGGGACCAGCGAGCCAAGAUUGAUCCAAAAGACUAUAUGUUUUCUGGACUCAAGAGUGAAACUGUAGGACGUCUACCCGGGAAAGUUGCAGGUCAACAGUUUGUUAUUCAGGACUGUGAGAACUGCAAUAUCUAUAUCUUUGACCACUCAGCUACAAUCACUAUUGAUGACUGUACAGGCUGCCGAAUCUUUUUAGGACCUGUAAAAGGCAGCGUGUUUUUCCGUGACUGCAAGGACUGUAAAUGUAUAGUGGCCUGCCAACAGUUUCGUACCAGGGACUGCAGGAAGAUGGAAGUGUUUUUGUGCUGUGCCACCCAACCCAUUAUUGAAUCCUCAACUGGUAUGAAAUUUGGGUGUUUCCAGUACUAUUAUCCAGAGCUGGCGUUGCAGUUGAAAGAUGCUGGCCUGAGCAUCUUCAACAACACAUGGAGCAAUAUCCAUGACUUCACGCCAGUCUCGGGAGAGAACAAUUGGGGUCUUCUACCAGAGAAUGCUGCCGCUCAGGAUGCAGUACCACUUCCAACAACUGAAGAACUGAAGGCUGUGAGAAUUUCAACUGAUGCCAACAAAAGCAUAAUCCCAAUAACUCGGGGGCAACGUCCAAAGUGCAGUGAGGAGUCUUGCCUGGUAGUAUUCUUUGCUGGGGAUUACGCAACAGCCAAUGCUAGGAAAUUGAUUGAUGAGAUGACUGGAAAAGGCUUCUGCUUGGUACAGACUAAAGAAGUUCCAAUGAAAGCUGAUGAUGCACAAAGAGUAUUCCAGCAAAAAGCAUCCGACUUAAUUCCUGUACUUGAUAAAGGUUCUGUUAUUGCUCUGGAGUUCAAUGGAGACGGUUCCGUAGCAGCCUGUCAAGACAUUGUUGCUACGGUGUUCACUAAUACUAAGGUUUUUGUAUCUGAAGACAAGUCAUCUGCUUCCAGAGAAGUAGACAGCUUCUAUAACUUUGCUGAUAUGCAGAUGGGAAUGUGAAAUAAAUGU